AUGUCAUCCAGUGAGGACGAAAAGUGGGCUUCCAUUGCCCAGAUAAAGGAAGAGGAGGAAGCCGACGCUGACGACAACACUGAAGAGGGGACCAGGGGCGCUUCGACAACAACCGCAGUUGCUUCCACCAACGGUGAAGACAGCAACAACAGCAACCUCGACCUGGACCAGGACCAGAACAAUCCAAUUACCAACGGUCGCAUUCACCUUAAGGCCAUUCCCCGAUCGGAGAUGGAGUCACUGAAUCAGAUACGCCAGCAGCAACGAAGACGAUCUCGAAAGGCGGCUUUCUUUGUCACCGACGCCCAGAGCACACUCUCCGCCGAUCAGAUGAAGAGUCAGAUGAAUGACAUCGAGGACACGCUCAUCAAGGACCACAUAUCGGAGAUGCUCAAGGUGGGCAAAGUUAGUGACAAAUUCGACAAGCUGGUCAAGACACCCGAACGGCAGCUCACCGCCCGACUAGAGUCACAUUUCCCAAAGAGCGUGAGCACCAAAAAGAUGCCGACGCCAACGUUCAACGACUUUGACAUCAACAUUGAGGAGAUCGAGGCGCAGGUGGACCAGUUGGCGGCGCUGCGCAAGCGUCGCCGAAGUAACUCCAACGCCAAGUGCCCUCGAAGUGGCGCCAUGAAAAAUGGCGAUGAUCAUUCAGAAGACGUCGACUACUCUCGCUUCAGCUUUAGCGACUUUAAGCGGAAGGCCGUAAAGUCCGCCACCACCACAGUCACAACAACAAACCAAUCGAACACGGGCACCAUUAAGCUGGGCAAGAUUGACGCCAACUUCAGGCCAACCGUCAGUCUGGGCACUAAAACGUACACCCGCACCAGAACGAAGGACCCGCCGCCACCGCCCGUUCUUCCACAGAAGGACGCCGUGGAGAUGGAGCUGAAGGAGGAGAUGGACGAAAAUUCGUUAACUCUACCGGCAACAACAACCACCACCACCACCACCACUGAAAGCACAAAUCAUAACUGA